AUGGAAGUAGUUUGCGGUAGAAGGCUGAUCGAGCGGCGUGCAUAUAAGAAUGAAGAAGUUCUUGUGGAUUGGAUCUUAGAGCUUUGGGAAAAAGGGAAGAUCUUCGAUGCAGCUGAGGAAAGUAUCCGUCAAGAAGAAAACAGGGGAGAAGUUAAGCUUGUUUUAGAGUUAGGUGUGUUGUGUUCCCAUCAAGCUGAAUCGAUUAGACCGGAUAUCUUUGGCCAUGCGGAUCUUGAAUGGAGUUUUGCAGUUUCCGUAUGA